ACAACCAUGGGUGGCGGCGUGUCCAUGCCGGCGGUGCCGGUCUCCGCCUCGACGGAGGCCGCCCUCAAGAAGUUGUAUGAAGAGAAGAAGGCCGCGGGCGAGGAGGACGACGCCAUCAACGCCGCGCUCGCCGCUGCCACGCCGGCGGUUAUUGUGUUUAAUCAGAUUGACAUUGACGGCAGCGGCAGCAUCGACACCGGGGAAUUGAAGCGCCUGCUCAAGGGCCUCCCUAGAAACAAGCCGACGGACGGCUCGCCCUUCGUCCCCUUCGAGGAGAUGGCGUCGACGCUCGGCGGCGACGAUGCCCAGAUCUCCUUACUAGAGUGGGUGGAUAACCUGGCCAAGUUACCUGGUCUGAAGACGGCCAUCGAGUCGAAUUUAGAUCCGGCUACGGGCAAACUAGCUACUUACUUAUCCCUCGAAGCGCGCCUCGAGAAGCUCGCGGCCGACGUCAUGAUCCUCGAGAUGAACGAGAACCGGACCGACGAGGAGAACGAAAAGCUCGAGUCGAAGCGCAACGACGUGUCGAAGCUGCGGGCGAAGAUCGGCUCCGGGUCGAUCAGAGUCUUCGAGCAGAUUGAUGCUGAUAAGAGUGGCAAGAUCGAGCGCGCGGACCUGAUGAAGAUUCUGGGCGAAUUACCCGGAACCCAAGAAGGCGAGUACCUGCGUGGAAAUCAACCAGUGAGUUAGGUUAUACGGAGACGACAUCGCGUCGAUGGCGUGGGGCGCCCGAAAUUUGAUUUCCACACAGGCGAGGACAACCUCGACGGCCUCAUCAAGGCGCUCGACGUCGACGGCGACGGCAUCAUCGACAUGGACGAGUGGAUCGCGCAGCUCGACAAGAUCCCGUUGCUCAAGGCACAGCUCGACCAGUACAUCGACCCGGCCACCGGUCUCAUCAACACCGAAUUGACGGGCCCGAUGAAGCCGCCGACGGCCGAGGCGACGAUUCCUCCGGCCGACGCGCCCGCUGAAGAAGCAGCUCCCGCCGCCGAGUAG